AUGAAUACAUUUACAGUGUUUAUGGCCUUUGCAUUGGCAGCAUGCGUCGUCGCUGAAGCUCCCGGUCCAUAUGCCGCAGCUCGCCCAUCAUCGAACUACGCUCCAGGCGCUGGCGGUAAUGGCGGCGGUCAACUCUUCCAACUCGUUGCCGUAAGCGGCGGAAACGGCGGACACGGAGGCAGCAGCUUCGGUUCAGCUGGCGGAUUCGGCGGAUCCGGUGGUUUCCAACAAAACAACGACAACUCUCAAACCAACGAAGGACAACAAGUCGAUCCCCAAUUGUUGGAACAAGUUAAGCAAAUCUUGUUGCAAGAAGAAAGCAAAGCUUCCGCUGGAUCUCAAUUCAACUCUGGAUCCGGAGGUGCUCCAUCUGGCUCAUACGGACCCCCAUCUCAACAAUAUGGCGCUCCAUCUCAACAAUAUGGUGCUCCAGCUGCUGGCGGCGGUCGCGUUGUUGCCAUCGAAUUGGAACCCGUUCAACAAGGACGUCAAGUUGCCAGCUUCUCCCAACAAACGCAAGAACAAUCCAACUCCCCAGCUGGAUCAUAUGGCCCACCACCACGCACUGGAGGACGCUAUUAA